AUGUCAUAUUUCACACAGAAAGAUCUUCCGGUCGGAAUACCUGAAUUUCUGGAAAAGUAUCUUCCGCAAACCCAACAUAAUCAUGAUAAGUUGCCCUUUAUCACUCUAACCUAUGCACAAUCACUAGAUUCCAGAAUCAGCAAAAAACGAGGGCUGAGGACAGUGAUCUCGCACAUUGAGACAAAAGUGGUAACCCACUAUAUUAGAUCGCUGCAUGGCGCACUUUUGAUUGGUAUAAACACGGUACUUGCAGAUGAUCCAGGUCUUAAUUGCAGGUUUGAAUCUAAACCACAAAGAAUCAUUACACCGGUUAUUAUAGAUCCCAAUUUUAGACUCCAGUACGUCUAUGCUCACUCAAAGCUUGAGAAAAACGUUUUGAGUGGAUCCAUUAAUCCGCCAAUAGUGGUUGUUUCUUCAAAGGUACUGGAAAUGAUGGGUGAAUCGAUAAAGAAGUUUGCAGGUGCACGUCAGUUGCGAAUACUGGCAAUCGAGCCACAUACUGCGGGCACUGGAGUUACAAUUGAUGGGAUUAAGGAACCAGUUUUGUCCUGGUGUCAGAUUUUCAAGGCCCUCAAGCAGGAUUUUCACAUACAAUCGGUUAUGGUGGAAGGAGGUGCGGGAGUAAUAAACAGUCUUCUUGUAUCGGAAUACAAUCACAAGUCAAUUGUUGAUUCACUCAUUAUCACAAUAGGGCCAGUCUUUUUGGGAAAAGAUGGGGUUGAAGUAAGUCCAGCAGAUGAAGUUGAUCUUGAAAAUGUGUCCUGGUGGACUGGAAUAAGAGACUCCAUAAUGUGCUCGGGUGUGAAGAAGAAGCAAACUUGA